GAUUUUUGCUUGUCAGUUCUGCCGUUUCUUCGUUUUAUUUCGGGAACGUUUGAGUUGGCAACCUGCAAGACUGCAACGAAGAACUCCUGCAUAAUUCUCUUCUGUCUUCGUUUUCCUAUAAUCUUUUCGGUUUUGUAGUUUAUAUUUAAGAAGGUUAAGUAUAGCAUAGUAUGGUGCAGUAAAUUUCAAUUGUCUAACUGAACUUUCUCGAGUACUGGACUGCAGUUUGGUAUCCCUGUGGCUUUAUUCGCUUUUUGCAUUUAACCCCUUUGUCAGUUUUUCCUUUCCGCUUGCAGUUGCUGCUUUUGCAUAGCUCGUUGGUGUAAAGUGUCAUUCAUUGAUCCUGGAUUAUUAGCAAAGUUAAUAGAGGACACUCAAUACGGACGUCGCUCGUUCUGUCGAUGCUAACUCCCAUUUUCUCUAUGCGAAGUUGCGAACCAUGGAGAUCCGGAAUGGAUAAUAUUUGAUUGAUUUCUUUUUGAUAAUUUGAAUGAUCGUAAUCUUGACGAACUAGUGAACCAUCUGCAACUUAUAAAAAUGCCACCGAAUCGUAAUCGCCCCCUCGAUGUCAAAUCACGGCUGGGAUUUCAGCGGCCACGGCCAAAUCAGAACAAUGCUCUUCCCAAUCGACCCCGUAAGCUGGCUGAUAGACUGGGCCAUCCGAGAAAUUUCCCACUAGACAAUCAAGAUGAUGGCUUUGAUCAGUACGGGGAUGAUGACUGGGAGGCCGCGCCGUCCAACAAUCAGAAUGCCCCCUUCCGAAUGCGUGUCACCGAUCGUCUGGGUUUUCAUCCACGCAGCCGGGAUGCUCGAUUUCCGGACGAUGCGGACAACGUGCUGGAUGUCACUGUCCGCCAGCGGAAUGGACGAUCGGUGCGCUUUGGCGAUGAUGCUGGCAAUGGUUUUGGCCAGCCAGCGCCCACAGAUCUUCGUCAUAAAAUCAAUGCCCGACAUAAACCGGACGAUCUGCGUAGCCAUCUGAACCACAUGCGCCAUGAGAAUGCAGAUGUUCCGCUGGAGGAUCCCGCGACGGCGAUGCGCCGGGUGUAUGCCGACAUCGCCAACGCACCACUGCCAGAUGAGCCAGCAAACAGCCACGGCUUUCGUCCCUUAAAAAUUAACGUGGCGUUCUCGGAUGAGGAGCGUCACAUCCGGAUCCAGGGUAAUCCGGAUUCCCCGGCUAGUAUCGACAUGGGGAAGGCCGCGAAGCAGACGAUGAAGUCGACCAUGAUCAACCGGCUGGGACCCGUACCCAACGCUUCCACGUCCUACGCACCGAGCAGUCCUCCCGCUCCGGGAGGAUGGAAGCGACACACUGCUAAAUCACCCGAAGCCGUUGGUUUUACGCCCGUUUUACGGCCGCCCGCCGAACUGCGGAAUGGACGUGCUGAGACAUCGCGGCCGCGACCGCCUUCACCGGUGGAAAAGGUGCGGCCACGCCCGCCGGUCCGCAAACGAAUUAUUUCACCACCAAGAUCCGAUGAGCCGUCGCCACCGCGUCCGGCCCGUCAAACGCGCGUUCCCGUUGACAAAUCGCCACCUCGUGCAACUCGCAUUCCUAUUGACAAGAAUCGCCGCAAGCACAAAAUCUCUCCACCGAGUUCGGAUCGCGAGCAGCCGCGCAAGCGAUUCAGUGGGGAACGGAAAGCCAACCGCUACGAAGAAAAACGGGAUAUGGUCCGUAAAGAUAUUGGUCGACGCCGCGAACGUUCUGCUACACCGGAAGUAAAGCGCGAACGGUCACUCACUUCCGCUCCAUUGCGGCGUGCCAGAGUGUCUCCGUACACGCGCCGUAAAGACAUCCGUUCGCGCUCACAUGAUUCCGACGAAGAGGCUUCCAAUAUUAAACGCACACGGCGUCCGGUAUUGAAACCUUCCCGAUCAGUUUCUGAUCGCGUCCGCGUGCAAGCAUCUUCAUCUGCUCGGACCGCUCAGCCAUCCACCAGCCGCAUUCGAGAGACUGUGCGCAAGGAGAAGCGCCAGAUAGCCUCACCGCCACGUCGUAAAGAACGUGCUCGACAGAAAAAUCCAAUUGUUUACGAUAAAGUCUCGUCGCCGUCGUACGUGUCGUCGGCCGGAAGCGACCUGGAACGAGACGAUCGUAGCCUGUCGGCUGUGAGCGGUGAUUAUCUGGACCAGACUGAGAAUGUGUCGGACGUUUCGCCGGAAAGACCGGUGAAACGACAGCGCUACGCAUCUGACGAUGAGUAUGAGCGUAGUCGUGUUAAACGGCGGGAGACGGAAUACGACAACGUUGAAUCGGGAUCGGAUGAACAGGAGGAUUCACGAAUGGAGGAAGCUUUCGAUAAUGUUUCACCGGACGACGAAGAUUGGGAUGAUGAUGAUGGCGAUGAGGACGAGGAGAAUGAGGAUGAAGAUGAGGAAGAUGGACGAACGGAUGAUAAGAAACAGCGACGACGUGGACCAGCGACACCGGAGGAGGAAUCGGAUGAGGAGAUUGAUCAUUAUGAAAUGAAUGCCGGAGAACAUCGCGGUCGGCGCGACGUCGCAGCCGGGGGAAAACGCGGACAGGCCACGGACCAUGUCCGUACCCCGGUUGCGGAGACGACUGUACGCGGAGCGCAGAUUGAGCAUAAUGCUGGUAAUGAUUAUGUCCGCAAUGAUACGAUGCAAUCGGGACUGUCAGGGCUAGGAGGAUUGUCGCUGCCUAGCUUUCCUCCUAUGCCCAUGGGACUGCCACAGUUUUCCGCAUAUCGCAUGAGUAUGAAUAUGCCACUAAUGUCGUUGCCGGGUUCUUUUUCAGUAGGUGGUCUAGCAUCUCUGCCACUGUCUGUGCCGCGCAUGAUGCCUCCCAUGAUCAGUGUGACGCCGCAUGAAAUCCAUCAGCAGCUUGCCGUGUUUCAUCAGCACCAUCAGAAUCAAAAACACCAGCAGCAGCAACAACAACAGCAGCAGAAGAAACAACAAAUGCAGAAUGUUAAACAACUGACUGCUCCCGUCAUGCAAGCGCCAGCUGGCACUCGCAUCAAGCCGCCGGUUGCCCCAGCACGCGUUGCUCCAACGAAAGAAGCUGAUAAGAUGCAGGAAACCGUAAAACCAUCUUCUAAGCUGAACCAAGCACCAUUACAAUCAUCUGUUCCGUCGAAUCCCGUCAAAUUGCAGCAGAUUCGUCUGAAACCGCCACCGUCUAAUUUGAAACCGAUUGCAUUAACGGCGACGUCGCCCAACACGGAUGGAGCGGGGCGCGCCAGUCCCCUGGAACCCGGUUCCGCUUCGAGCAGCACCAAUGGACGGGAAGCAGCGGGUACUAGUGAAUUUGCCGUUGCUUCCAGAGUUUCCGAUAUGCCGCGGACCAUCACUACUUUUAAGAAGACGGAACGACGGGCGACGGCCAAUAAAACCGGGAAUCUGGAGAUUGAUGCCACUCAUGCCAAUAAUAAUCCACCUGGUUGGAGUCUGAUUCCGGCGGGGGUGCGCAGCGCAGUGUACUCGCGGUUUGGGCAGGUGGAUCUGAGUUGGCUGGAGCGGGAAGCAUUGGAAAAUGAUCCGCGCAUUGCGGUUUAUUGCCAGCGGACGGGUGUGCCUAUGCCGGAGAGGCCUGCUGCGGAUGUCGCUGGUGAUGCGGCUGGAACAUCAGGCAGUCGAAAAUCGCCUGAUGCUGCUAGCACUGUAUCGCAGAUCAGUCCCGUUGUGAAAGCGGAGGAGCAGCAUUCGCAUUUAUCGAAUUCCCAUGGCAGUACAUCGCAGUCGGAUAGUGAUGAGGAUGAUGUCAAAAUUAAACAAGAACUACCCGAGGAUAUUCAUGUUAAGGUGGAAGAUCAGGAGAUGGAAAUGGUGAAUGGUCGGAAUGCUGCAGGUUGGAAUGGAGAUGUGGAAUACGAAAUCAAAAACGAACCGAAGGACGAAGAGGAUAUGUGAGAUAGUGAAUUUUGUAGAGCGCCCUAUGAUCUUCGCUGGCAUAUCAUGGAAUAUCAGUUUGAUUGUGAUUCUGAGAAAGACGUGUGUAAUUUGGAAGUGCUCAAGAGAUGCCAGUUGAAAUGGAAUGUGACGGGCGCUUAUUAGGGCGACACUGUUCAUUACAUUCUUUUUAAUUUCCACCUGUACACAGCGGCAUUGCAGCCAUAUGUUCUUAUUGGCCUUAUUUGCUUAUUCGUGUUGCGAUUUUUCUUCAUCCGAUAACUCCAUGAAUUUAAACGCUAAAUAAUUAUUAGGCAUUUAUAUCAUUAUGUUGCUAAAUUUAGAUGGUGUUCUUUAUCCGUGUUGUGUUUCUUUAAGUUUUCAGCUGCUGCUUCGUGUUCUCGUGUUGUUGUAACGCUUUUAUGCAGGAAACGUAAUAAAUUCUGGA